AUCACAACCAUUCUUUCUUCUUGGCUUAUAUUAGGGAUGGGGGAUGUAGCUUAUUACAAAGAAUGAAUAUUUGGUGGCUUCUCAUUCUUGGAACCAUUCUGCAGGUUUAUAACAAAGCUCACGAAAAUGCUAAAGCUUAAAGGAGAAUUUCGAACUGCCAAGGGACUGAAAGAUGAGGCCGGGGAGAGAGACAGAGAAGUGAACAACCUGAACACCAAGCUCUUGAGCCUGCAAAUCGACAUCAAGAAUCUCCAUGAUGUCUGCAAGAGACAGGGAAAGACCUUGCAAGAGAACCAGCUGUGUGUGGAGGAAGCCAUGAUGAGUAACAGCCACAGCAAGAAGCAAACCCAGACAUUGACAUUCAAGGAGACUCAGAUAAACUUUGGGCCCAAUAAGCAGUGUCAUCUGCUGCAACUCCAGCAACUGAAGAAGAAGCUGCUGACCCUGCAACAGGAGCUGGAGUUCCGCACACAGGAGCUGCAGAACUCCUAUUGCUCCCUCCUGCAGUACCAGUCAAUCCUGGAGAAGCAGACUUCCGACCUGGUUCUUCUUCACCAUCACUGCAAACUCAAGGAAGACGAGGUCAUUCUCUAUGAGGAGGAAAUGGGGAAUCGUAAUAAGAAAGCUGGAGAGAAGCUCCAUCUGGCUCAAGAGCAGCUUGCCUUGGCGGGGGACAAGAUUGUCUCCCUAGAAAGGAGCCUAAACCUCUACAGGGACAAGUACCAGACCUCCUUGAGCAACAUCGAGUUGCUGGAGUGCCAAGUGAAGAUGCUGGAGGGGGAACUCAGCGGUAUCAUCAACCAGGAGCCUGAAAACAAAGGCGACCACUCGAAGGUGCGUAUCAUCACUUCUCCGUGCAUGAUUCAAGAGCAUCAGGAGACCCUAAAGCGACUGUCUGAAGUGUGGCAAAAGGUUUCUGAGCAGGAUGACCUAAUCCAGGAGCUUCGGAACAAACUGGCCUGCAGCAAUGCUUUGGUUCUGGAACGUGAGGAGGCUUUGAUAAAAUUGCAAGCUGAAUUCGCUUCCUACACAGCCACCCACAGGCAUCCCCCUACCUCCUCAGAAGACUGCGAGGACAUCAAAAAGAUCCUGAAGCACCUGCAGGAGCAGAAAGACAGCCAGUGCCUGCACGUGGAGGAGUACCAGAACCUCGUGAAGGACCUACGCAUGGAGCUGGAAGCCGUGUCAGAGCAGAAGAAAAACAUCAUGAAGGACAUGAUGAAGCUGGAGCUGGACCUCCACGGGCUGCGUGAGGAAGCGUCAGCCCACGUUGAGAAGAAGGACAAGGAGACUGCAGCCUUGCAGCAACGGCUGGAGGAUCUGCAGCAGCAGUGCUCAGAGGCGCAGAAUCUGACUCUAAAGAAAGACAAGCUGCUCCAAGACAAGGACGAGAGGCUGCACGAGCUGGAGAAGAAGCUGGCACAGGUACAGAACACCCUCAUGGAGAAAGAGCUGGAGCUGGAGAAGUUGCAGCGGUUGACGAAAGACCUCGAGGCGAGUCUCCAGGAGGCGAGGCUCCAGGACACAUACAAAGCGGAAUGUGAGGCCCUGCGGGUCGAGGUCCAGAAACUGAAGGAAACUCUUGAGGAGACCAAAGAGCAGCUAAAGCUGUCAGAUCAGAAUCUAACCCAUUGUAAGGGGGAAGCGCAGCAGGCCGGAAGCAACCUAGAGGAUGCUCAUCGGAAGAUCGAGAACUGCCUUCUCCAGGACAAGCAGAAGGCAGAUGUCAUCAAAGAUCUCCAGGCGCAGCUGCAGAAGCUGCAGAUGGAGUCUAUGGCAACCGAAGAGGAGCGAGCGAGCAAUAGGAAACGGUUAAAUGAGCUCACCUCAGAACUCAACGAGGGCCAGAGGAGGCUUGCAAAUUCUGACAAGGAGAAGUUGCUGCUCCAAAAGACACUAAAUGAUGAUGAAAGGAGAAUAAAUGACUUGCUUGAUAGUGCCAAAUCUUCUGAGCAAAAGCAAAGGGAGCUAACAAACACCAAAAACAAGCUGGAAGAGGAGCUUCAGGAGAUAAAAGGGAUGCUGGCGGAGAAACGGGAGCAACUGAAAAGGAGCAAGGAACAGGAAAAGGCCCUGGAGGGAGAAAUCGAGGCUUUGCGACAGGAAGCAAAAAAGAAAGAGAAGAUGGCAAAAGAGCAUUUGAGGAAGCUGGAGGAGGAGAAGGAGAAUCUCCAGACAGAACUGAAUGCCUGUUCUUCACACCUGGAAUCCUCCAUCAACAAAUACAACAACUCCCAGAAAGUCAUCCAAGAGCUCAACAUAGAGAUAGCCCGCCAGAAAGACUCCAUCAUGGUCCUGCAGACACAGCUGGACUCGGCCAUUCAGAAAGAAAAGAACUGUCUCCAGAACAUGGUCAGUAAAGAAACCUACGAAGAAGUCUUGCGCAAGUCCGGCAUCUGCCAAGAUGACCUGACGCAAGCCCUGGAAAAGGUGAGGCCACGCCUACUCUCCACCAAAAGAGUAUUCAGAGGAAAUCAGGGACGAGGAGUGGACAGGAGCCAAUUCCUUCUCACUCAUGCAACCUCCGAGACAAAGAGCCUGCAGCGCAACUUGCAACAGACCCAAGAGAGGAAAGCUCAGCUGGAAGAUGAAAUCAUAGCUUAUGAGGAAAGGAUGAAAAAGCUCAAUGUGGAAUUAAAAAAACUACAGGGUUUCCACCAGCAGAGUGAGCUAGAGGUGCACACCUUUGACAAGAAACUGGAAGAGAUGAGCAACCAGGUGCUGCAAUGGCAGAAGCAGCACCAGAGUGACCUCAAGAUGCUGGCAGCUAAAGAGACGCAGCUCCGGGAAUUCCAGGAGGAAAUGGCUACCCUGAAAGAGAGCCUCCUUGCGGAUGAGAAGGAGCCAAGCUGCCUGCCCCCAAGGUCAACAACCAAAGACAUCUGUAGGCUCCACCGGGACAGCGAUCAGAUUAUGUGCAACGUGGAACAAUGGGCAAAGGAGCAGAAGAUUGCCAAUGAGAAACUGGGAAACAAGCUGCGAGAACAGGUCAAAUACAUCGCCAAGCUGACCGGAGAAAAGGACCAACUCCACAACGUAAUGGUCCAUCUGCAGCAGGAAAACAAGAAGCUGAAGAAUGAGAUAGAGGAGAAGAAGUCAAAGGCCGGAAACACGAGGAUCUGCACCAAAGCUCUAGGCCCGGGCAAACCGGAACCCUCCCAAAAGGGGAAAGUAUGCAGCCCACUGGGCUGGAGAGGAGUAUCCAAGGACCUAACACCAAAAAUGGACAUCACCAAGUACAUCGGGGUGCCCCACUGCUCGGGCUCCUCAUAUUGCUAGAAUCGGCUCCUCGUCCUAUGCACCGUCCCUACACACUUUCAGAGGACAGCGAGUUCCCACCUCUCCUUGACCAGAAUCAACUCCGACAGUCACUCAUCAAGGCCCCUGUCUGGGUUACAAGAUGUUAUUGCUUUAUUGAAUUUGUCUACUUCCUGAAGUGGAGUGAGCUGUGGUACCCCACUCCCACCUCCAGGCCCAGACUCUGAGAUAAAGAUACAAACGACACAGCUUCUAUGAACUCCUGGUUUCUCUGCACCGCCCACCCCCAGCAACCACUCAUCCCUGUGUUCUCCAGAUGCCAAAAUGUUCUCAUCUCUUUACUUCGGUAGGAAAAAGUGUUCACAAAGCAAGCCUCUGGGUUACGGAUUAGGUUUUUAAACCAACAAGAGGGAAUUAGUGUCCCCACCCCACCCCUGUAAUGUCUCUGUCUGGAAUUUUAAAUAGAAAAAAAAAACUCUAGAAACCUUUUUUUCCCCCAAAGGAAAACAAUUCUAGGACCCAAAAGAAAGUGCUAGAAAUGAGUGAUGCAUUUUCCAAGUGGGGAAGGGUGGGCACACACACCAUCUGCUUCCUCCCUGGCUGCCAUAUUACAUUCCUCCUUUUAACAAGUUUACUUUUCUCCCCAGCCAGGGCAAUACAAGUAAAAUUCCAUUAUAACAAACUCCAAGGACAGCUAAACUACUUUAUUGUGGUAGGAUUUUGUUAACCUGAGUACAUGUCUGGAAUUUAUAUUUCCAGUCUAUAGGAAACAGAGACAAAUAGCUACUAGGGUAAAAUAAGAGGAAGAAAUGGGAGAGCUUGCAUUUCUGAGGGUGUGGGAAGAAGGAAGGGAGAGACGCUCUGGCGGGUAAUGAUUCUCAAAUACUCUUGCCUCCCUCCCAGGCAAAUCAAGGCCAAGAAGACACACUGCUAACCAUGUUUCUACCUUGCCAGGAUGCAGAAGGGCUAAGCUCUGGAAAUGUCCCUUGUGGUGUUUGAUGUCCAUCUGCUUAAACUCUUCUGGCUUUGUCCCCAACUUAGAAUAGCUUUUAUUUUCUAGAGAAAAGUAAGAAAAAGGAAAACCAGAUACCAAUAGGACCUGCAUCCUAGUCUUAGGUACAGCCCCUGUAUUCAAACACAAGUUCAAUAUCUUAAAGUCUACAGUUCAGUCUCCUAAAAGACAGGCUUAUCUCCAUUCUCAUGAAGAGAUCUCAUAUAUGUCAGCCGAAAGUGCAACCUCUGGACACUGUGAAUGUCACAUAGUUAUUCAACGCUGUCUUUCACUCUCUGUAGGGGUGAUUGUAUCAGUUCAAAGCAGGGGCGUAUUAUGGGAAGCAAGGAGACAGAACCAUUUUACUGUUUCGCCCAGUUAUCUAGCUGUGGAAGCUCAGGCAGGCAGAAGACCUGCGUAGGCAGAGAGAACAGACUUAGACAAUGCCAGAGAAAGAUGGGGAAGCGAAGUAUUCCUUAAGUAAUAACCAAAGAAGUCAGUCUCUAUAAAACCAUUUCAUAUCUGACACUGAAAUGGUUGUGGAAAUAGUUUGUAAGCCCACAGCUUCGUGCUCAAAGCUAACAGUUUCCUCUGAGAUUGACAACAAGGAUGCCCACGUUUGCCCCUAGUAUUUAACACAGUUCUAGUAACUGUAGCCAGAGUGCUUAGGCAGGAAAAAGAAAUAAAAGAUAUCCAGAUUAGGAAUGGAAGCUGGCAAGAUGGCUCAACAGGCAGAGCAGUUUAAACAAGAAUGUCCCCCACAGGCUCAGAUAUUUGGACACUUUGUUCAGAUAUUUGGACACUUUGUCCCUAGUUGCUGGCACUGCAGGGGGAGGCUUAGAGGAGGCACAGCCUUGCUGGAGAAAGUGCAUCACUUGAGUGGGCUCUGAGAAUUAGUAACCUCGCCCCACUUCCUGCUUGCUCUCUCCACUUCCUGCUUACAUGUAAAGACACGACCUCCGUUGCUGCUCCUGCCCCCAUGCCCACGUCUUGCUGCUCUACUUCCACCACACUGUGAUGGUCUCCUACCCCUCAAACUCUUCUGCAAGUUGCCUUGGUCAUGGUAUUUCAUCACAACAACUGAACAGCAGCUAGUACAGCGGCUUGAAGUGUUUGGGCAAGCCCAGACACCCGAAUUCCAUCCCAGGAACUGACACAGAAAAGCCAGAUGUGGUGGCACGCACCUGGAGUCCCCACACUCCUACAGCAUGAUGGGAGGCAGAGAAGGCAGGCUCACCAGGAAGUCCAUGGGCCAGCUUGGAGCCCAUGACAGGGUAAGAGAGGCCCCGCCUUAGUAAGGUGAAUGGAGAGAACUGAGUACUAAUUAUCUCUGUUCACGGGUCGUAUUUUGUAUGUGGAAAACCCUAUACAGGGGAUGUAGCUUAGCCAGUACGGUGCUUGCUGAGCAUGCGCUAGGUUCUGGGUUCAAUCCCCAGCACCACAUAAAACAUGUAUGGUAACACACAUGCAUAAUCCCAGCACUCAGGAGAGGCAGAAGGAGAAAAAUCAGGAAUCCAAGGUCAUCACUGAUUACAUAGGAAGUCUGAGAACAGACUGAAGCACACAAGACCCUGUCUCAAAAAAGAAAAAAAGAAUCCUACAUAUUCCACACAUACAAAAGAAAAUAACUGCUAGAGUAAACCAAUUCAGUAAAGUAGCAGGAUAAAAGGCAAUAUACAAACUCAAUUCAUUUCUAUAUACUAAUAAUGAACAGUGAGAAAAUCACAAAAAUAGUAUCAUUUACUAUAGCAUCAAAAAGAAUCAAAUAUAUCAGGCAUGACAGUACAUGGCUGUAACCCAACACUCAGAGGGCUGAUGUAGGAGGGUCCAAGGCCAGCCUAGAAAACAAGACAAAAAAUUGCAGUUAACCAAGUGGGCUGUGCUAGUUUUUUACCUUCAUGCAGACUGCAGUCAUUUUGAAGAGGGACAGAUUCGUCUCUGGAAAAGUUUGUGAUAUUUUUUUUGAUUGAUGACUGAUGUGGGAGGACCCAUCUGACUAUGGACAAUGCCACCCCUGGGCAGGCGUGGGUUCUGCAAGAAAGCAGGCUGAACAAGCCAUGGGGAGCAAGCCAGUAAGCAGCAUCCUUCCAUGACCUCUGCAUCAGCUCCUGCCCCCAGGUUCCUGGCCCAACUUCUCUAGAUGAUGGACUAUAAGCUGUAAGAUGAUGCUUUUGGACAUAGUGUUCUAUCAUGCUAGAAAUUCUAUUAACAGGGGGAAGACUGAUAUAAUGACAACUACAAAACAUUGCUAAAGCAGACAUAAAUAGAAACACAGUCCAUGUUCAUGAACUAGAGAACUUGGUAUCAAUCUACUGAUACUACACAAAUGGAUUUAUAAGAUGGUACAACGUCUAUCAAAAUUCCAAUGAUUUUGCAGAAAUGGAGAAAUCCAUGCUAAAACUCACAUAAUUUCAGGAGAACUCAAAACAAUCAUAAAAAGGAUAAA